GUAAAAGGAACGUCAGCCUCCAAAAAUCCACUCUUCAAGGGUUUCUUUCUUUGCCUGGUCAAUGUAUACUCUUGCUUCUCUGACAUGCAAAGAGCCACCAGCUGGUGACCAGAAGUACUAUAUAUAAUAGGAAAAAGGCUCACCAAAGGAAUCAGCUAUUUCUUUCCUGCACAAAGGAAAACUAGGAGCAUCCCACCGUGUUUCCCUUUUUCUUUCAUAGCCAAGAAGAUGGAGAUAGAAGGGCAAGCCACUGUAAAGGAAUCUCAGCCUCCAAAAUUCGCUCUUCCAGUGGAUUCAGAACACAAGGCAACUGAGUUCCGGUUGUUCUCAGUAGCUGCCCCUCACAUGCAGGCAUUCCAUCUGUCUUGGGUUUCUUUCUUUGCCUGUUUUGUCUCUACUUUUGCUGCUCCACCCCUUCUUCCUAUCAUACGUGACAACCUCAACCUCACUGCCUCUGACAUUGGUAAUGCGGGCAUUGCAUCAGUGUCAGGUGCAGUUUUUGCUCGAGUUGCUAUGGGGACUGCUUGUGACCUCUUUGGACCCCGUCUAGCCUCUGCCUCAUUGAUCCUCCUCACUGCACCAGCAGUUUACUUCACUUCCAUCGCCUCAUCUUCUACUUCUUUUCUCCUGGUGCGUUUUUUCACUGGCUUCUCUCUGUCCACUUUUGUCUCGACUCAAUUCUGGAUGAGCUCUAUGUUUUCAGCCCCGGUAGUUGGCACGGCUAAUGGCGUUGCAGGAGGUUGGGGUAACCUUGGCGGUGGGGCAACGCAACUGAUCAUGCCCCUUGUGUUUGGCCUCAUCCGUGACAUUGGAGCCAUCAAAUUUACAGCUUGGAGAAUUGCGUUUUUCAUUCCUGCCCUGUUUCAGACACUAUCGGCAUUUGCAGUCUUGAUCUUUGGCAAGGACUUGCCGGACGGAAACUUUAGGCGGCUGCAGAAAGCAGGGGAUAAAACAAAAGAUAAAUUCACUAAUGUCUUCUAUCAUGGAAUCACAAAUUACAGAGGGUGGAUCCUGGCGCUCAGUUAUGGGUAUUGUUUUGGGGUAGAGCUGACAAUAGACAACAUUGUCGCAGAAUACUUCUAUGACAGAUUUGACCUCAAACUCCAUACAGCAGGAAUGAUUGCAGCCAGUUUUGGUCUAGCAAACAUUGUUUCUCGACCAGGUGGUGGAAUGAUCUCAGAUGCAGUAGCGAAGAGGUUUGGAAUGAGGGGGAGGUUGUGGGCUUUGUGGAUAGUGCAGACCUUGGGAGGUGUUUUCUGCAUCAUACUUGGACGAGUUGGAUCUUUAGGCGCAUCCGUUGUGGUGAUGAUUGUGUUCUCUUUAUUCUGCCAAGCAGCAUGUGGACUAACAUUUGGGGUGGUGCCUUUUGUCUCACGAAGGUCAUUGGGGCUGAUAUCUGGUAUGACUGGAGGUGGUGGAAACGUGGGUGCAGUUCUAACUCAACUAAUUUUCUUCAAAGGAUCCAAAUACUCAAAAGAGAGAGGGAUAAUGCUCAUGGGUGUCAUGAUUAUAUGCUGCACUCUUCCAAUUUGUUUUAUACACUUCCCACAAUGGGGUGGAAUGUUUUGUGGCCCAUCAUCUGCAAAGACCGCUACAGAGGAAGACUACUACUUGUCCGAAUGGACUUCAGAGGAGAAGGAGAAAGGCCUGCAUCUAUCAAGCUUAAAGUUCGCAGAUAACAGCAGACGUGAAAGAGGUAGAAAAGAAGGUUCUGAAACCAGGCCAGUAGAUGAAAGCCCAUCAACAAAAGUCUAGAUCAUGCCGCCAUAGCCAUACUUCUCUACUGCUCAAGUUUUAUGCUGCAAGCUCUCAGAGCGAUAGAAAAUUUCUACGUUGGACAUGGAGACCUAUUACGUUAUAGUAAGGCCUUAUAGUCUGUAUGAAAAUGUUGUUUAAUUUUCAUAGGCAAGUCAUCAGAAGCAACUCUGUGGAAAACAUCUACUUUACUUGACAAAGCCUUAAUAAAAGAAGUUUCAAGAAA